AUGGUUCAACCAGCAGCGAGGACGGCUGCAGCAGUCGUCGCCGCGCUUGUCGGCUUGCGGGCAAGCACGGUGGCAUCCCAGCCGUGCUCGCCGAACCUUUGCAGCGGGCAUGGUUCAUGUGAGUCCUCGAAAGACGGCUCCACCUCCGCACGACAGUGCAGCUGCAACACAGGGUGGACGGGGGCGGACUGCAGCCUCAUGCUAUGCCCGCUUGGCCCGGCCUGGUCUGACAAAGCGAAGGGGACGGACGAUGCCCACGCUCCGGCGGAGUGCUCGAACAGGGGGUACUGCGACCGCUUGGAGGGCGUUUGCAUGUGCGACACCGGCUUUGAAGGGCAAGCUUGCGGGCGGAGAACGUGCCCCAAGAACUGCAUGAACCACGGGCGCUGCCAAAGCAUGGCGUACUUCGCUUCCGUGCAGGACCCUGGGGAAGGAACGGUGUACGCGUACGACGGAGACGUUUGGGACGCGGAUAUGAUGUACGGGUGCAACUGCGACGCUGGGUACUCGGGCCCGAUGUGCAGCCUUCGCAGCUGUGCCUUAGGGGAUGAUCCACUGACAGGGACAGAUGAGGCGAGAGUCGAAGUUGCGUGCACUUCCGCCGGGCACUCGUGGACCAUCGAGUUCCUCCAGGACUUCGGGGACCUGCCACUCCUGGUUGCCGGUGUGUCGAAGCUGACCCACUCCACGUCGGGGAUAGCGGCGAGCGUUACAGUGGAGGAAGCCAUCACCGGUACCAAGGAGUCUCUGGAUUGCUCCGGGCGGGGCUUGUGCGACACCGACGACCGGGUGUGCACUUGCGAGCCGGAGUACGACACCAGCAACGGCUACAACGAAGAGGGUCGCCGCGGGGACUGCGGCUACGUCAUCACGGCCGUGACCCACUGCCCGGGAGAGAUCUCCUGCUCGGGCCACGGCGUGUGCUCGGGCUCGCCGACCUACGCGUGCGACUGCAGCGAUGGGUGGGAGGGCGCCGACUGCUCCCUCAAGACGUGCCCCUUCGGCAAGUCUUGGUUCAUGCGACCGACGGCCGACAACGUGGCCCACCUCACACGCACGGAGUGCUCCGACAUGGGGACCUGCGACCGAGUCUCCGGGGAGUGCGCCUGCGUCGAUGGGUUCGAGGGAUCCGCGUGCGACCGGAUGUCCUGCCCGGGGGCGGCGGCGGCGUCUUCGGGGGAGGGAGAAGCCGGCGGCGGGACUUUCGACGAUUCGGAGACGGCGUGUAACGGCCACGGACAGUGCGUGACGAUGGCCAUGCUCGCCGAGGCCACCGACGAGAACGGCGUCGCGACGGACUACACCUACGGGGGCGCGCCCAACGACCCCUUGACGUGGGAUCACGACAUGGUGCAGGGCUGCCUCUGCGACGAUGGUUACGAGGGGCACGACUGCUCGUUGAGGGCCUGCCCGUACGGAGAUGACCCUGACACCCACUCACAGGACAACGAAAUCCAGGUAGUGGAGUGCUUAGACGCGGACGACGACGGGCAGGUGGUGUUCAUGUUCCGGCAGGCGGAAACUUCGGCACUAGAGGUGUCUGCUACAGAGGCGGAGGUAGAGGCAGCGUUCGAGGCCUUGUCCACCCUCACAGACGUCGCGGUCUCGUGCGAUAACGGCGCCCUUUGCAACAGCACGGUCGCUUCCACGUGCACCAUCGAAUUCUUGACAGAGCUGGGCGAUGUCCCUCUCGUCUCCGCUUCCGUCUCCAACAUCGAUUCCAUCGCCGUUUCGGAGUUCCAAGUGAGCGAGAAGGCGAUUGGUGGGGAGUGGGGGCACCCCGCCCCAUUCCCGAACGAUCCGACGCGGCUUGCUCGCCAGACGGGGACGAAAGAGUGGGCGGAGUGCAGCUUCAAGGGCCUGUGCGACUACAGCACGGGGACGUGCGAAUGCUUCCCCGGGUACGGCAGUAGCGACGGGCAGAACAACAAGGGGUCGCUCGGCGACUGCGGAUACGUGCUGCCGUUUAGUGGAGGUCUCUUCGAGACGGGGGUGUACGCUCCGGUUAGCCGGUACCCGACGACAACCAACUUGAGGAGCGGGAACACAGCGGGGACCUUCGACACGGCCGGUAGGACAACGGACGAGCUGGCAGCGCGCCUGGCGAAGCUCAAGAACAUGCAGGAAGAAGACCCUUGGGUCGACUAA